AUGGGUGGAUUAUUCACUAAGAGUAAAAAAACAGUGACGAGAGUAACUGAACAAGAUAAGGCAGUACUUCAGUUAAAACAACAAAGGGACAAAUUAAAGCAGUACCAAAGAAAGAUUGAAAUAAAUCUGGAAAAACAACGACAACUAGCAAAAAAGCUAUUAGCAGAAGACAAACGAGAUAAGGCGAAAUUGCUUUUGAAAAAGAAGAGAUACUUAGAAAAUCUUUUACUAAAUACUGAUGUACAAUUAGAUAAACUGGAACAGCUAACACACGAUUUGGAGUUCACUCAGAUUGAAGUACAGGUACUUGAUGGCCUAAAGAAUGGAAAUGCUGCUUUGAAGAAAGUACAUGAAAUGCUUAGUAUUGAUGAAAUUGAAAGAAUUAUGGAUGAAACUAGGGAAGGUAUUGAAAAACAAAGAGAACUUGAUGAGCUAAUUUCUGGCCAAUUAACUGAGGAAGACGAUCAAGCAAUUGAAGCUGAGCUAGAAGAGAUGCUAGAUGUAGGAGUUGAGCUUCCUGAAGUUCCUACGACAGACUUACCUGAAAUCUCUCAUGAGGCUGUACCUGAUAAGACUAAGAAAUCAAAAGAAAAUUCACAAAAGAUAGCUAUGGAGGCAUGA